GUAUUCAGUCCAUCCGUUCUCAGUCCUCUCUCGAUUGGGAAUCAAACACCCAAAGCCGGUUCCAUUCUUUGGUAACCUAUUCAUGUUUCGUGAGGGUUUUUUUGGGCCUCUUGUUGACCUUAUAAACACACAUGGCAGAAUAUGUGGGUAUUAUUUAGGUCGGAGACCAAUAGUGGUGAUUGCAGAUCCUGACGUGCUCAGACAGAUAAUGGUCAAGGAYUUCAGUAACUUUGUUAACAGAAUGAGUUUUCGUUUUGCCACCAAACCCUUGACGGACUGUCUGCUGAUGCUGAGAGACGAGAAGUGGAAGAGGGUUCGAAGCAUCCUAACCCCGUCCUUCAGUGCUUCCAAGAUGAAAGAUAUGGUUCCUCUCAUCAACACAGCCACGGAUGCACUGAUGAACAACCUGAGCGUCCACGCUGAGUCAGCAGAGGCCUUUGACAUCCACAAAUGCUUUGGCUGCUUCACCAUGGAUGUAAUUGCCAGCGUGGCUUUCGGCACUCAGGUGGAUUCGCAGAASGACCCGGACGACCCGUUCGUCCGCCACGCUCAAAUGUUUUUCUCCUUUUCUCUCUUCAGGCCCCUCCUGUUACUUUUCAUUGCUUUUCCUAUGAUUGCAUCACCUUUUGCAAGAUUCAUCCCAAAUAAAAGGCGGGACCAGAUGAAUGGAUUUUUUAUCAACAUAACCCAAAAGAUGAUAAAGCAGAGAGAGGAGCAGUCCCCUGAACAGAGGCGUAAAGACUUUCUCCAGCUGAUGUUAGAUGCUCGAACCCGCGUCUCUCUAGAGCACUUCGACACAGCCAACCACGCUGAUGAGAUUGACAACAGGAGUCCGCAACCGUCAACUUUGGGUCAAGAAGACGACCGUCCUCGCCCAGACGAGCCGCCUGCGAGGCGUCCGCAAAAGAAAAUCAUGACUGAAGAUGAGAUCGUGGGUCAGGCUUUUAUCUUCCUUGUGGCAGGAUACGAAACUAGCAGCAACACGUUAGCCUUCGCCUGCUACCUGCUGGCCAUCCACCCAGAAUGUCAACACAAACUACAGGAGGAAAUCGAUGAUUUCUUCACACGACAUGAUUCACCAGAUUACACAAACGUCCAGGAGCUGAAGUACUUGGACAUGGUUGUAUGUGAAACACUGCGGCUCUAUCCACCUGGUUUCAGAUUUGGCCGAGAAGUUGCCCACGACUGUGUGCUGAACGGACAGUUUUUGCCUAAAGGGAUGUCUCUGGAGAUCCCUGCAGGCUUCCUUCAUUAUGACUCAGAGUACUGGCCUGAGCCGGAGAAGUUCAUCCCUGAGAGGUGUUCCUCUGGAAUUGAAAUCCUCGAGCACUCUAGGACCCAAAAAUGGCAUAUUUGUGAAAAUCACAAGAAGAGAGAAGUGAGAAGAGUAAAAAGACUCCACCGGAUAAUAAGAAACUCUUUUUCAGACAUAGAACGUAAAAAAAGGAAAAUUACAAACCUUUAUCCUGUAAAUUGCACUUGUCAAUUUCUCACAUAUUUCUUGAUUUGUAUGAAAGUACUUAUUGUGACCCCCACACGCGAAGCGUAAACGGGAGUCAUAUUGUUUUUGUACGUUUAAUUUUUUUUAGUGAUUUUUGGUCAACCGUAGCACAAAAACGGCUGCACCGAUCAACAUGAAAUUUGGCAGGACUGUAGAUGAGUCAGACUUACAUUACGUCAGGCAAUGGGUUUUUAUUUUUUUAUUUUUAUUUUUUUCAGUUCGCCACAGAACCAUUUUUAUUUCUGCUCCUCGACGAGCGGCACGAUUAGAAAAACCAUGGCCCRAUAAAUGGGUGAAGCAUCCAGAACAAUUGUGGGAUUUCAGGCAUUGAGGUGACAUCGUCUCUGAUGAGGUAGGCCACGGGCCCGCUGCGAACCCAUACACACCUCACACACAGUGGGCCGCAUUUAGUCUUUUUAUCAGU